AUUAACCAGUUAAAGAAAGCUUUACAAGAAUUAAUUCCCACAAAAUACAUUGCGUUACAUGGCAUGAAAGGAUUUGGAAAAUCAUCUCUAGUUGCCAGUACUCUCAAGGACGUAAAAUUAGUGAAACAUUUAUUUUCUAAUCAGGUCUACUGGAUUAAAUUUGCAGAUGAUGUUUCACUUGAUGAAGAAAUAUUAAUUCAAUUAAACACACUUUAUUAUGAUGUGAGAAAUUUAGAAAUUCAACCAGAAUUGUUUACUUCACUUGAGAGAAAUUCUCUGAUCCAAUAUUUGAAAUGUUAUUUUAAUAAAAAAGAAAAUUGCAAUGCUUUAUUGAUUCUCGAUGAUGUUCAUAAUGAACAAAUUAUUAACACUUUUGACUUCCAAUGUAAAACUCUAGUUCUUACUGAUAACAUCGAUGUUGUAUUGGAGAAAAGACCUAAGAUAAUAGAG